AUUGCAGUGCCGUUUUCUUUUCUUUCUUUGUCUUAUUGUGCUUCUCAACAUACCCCGCUAUGAUGAACAAUAGCCCUCUCUGUGUGUCUUAUGGCUGGUGUAAGUGGUGCUUAUAGAAAAGCAGACAGUGAGACUUUGUUUUUGAGAGCGAUGCGAGCUUGUCGGGAUUUUUGAGAUAUCUCCUUUGAUAGCGGACUGGCACAGAUGAACCGGCAAAUACAGGUUUUCAAGUGACUGAAGAUGAUGGCCGAUGCCAGUGACAUGUUGGCUGCUGCCCUCGAGCAAAUGGACGGCAUUAUAGCAGGCUCCAAGUCUCUGGAUUACUCCAACGGUUUGUUUGAUUGCCAGUCGCCCACGUCUCCUUUCAUGGGUAGUUUGCGGGCUCUUCACCUUUUGGAAGACCUGAGGAGCGUCCUGGAGUUGAUGGACACAGAGGAAAGGGAGAGUCUACGGUGCCAGAUCCCCGACUCCACUGCUGACAGUCUGGUCGAGUGGCUCCACGGUCACCUGUCCAAUGGACACAUAUCUCUGGGCGGAGGUGACCACUACCAGGAAAGACUUACCCGACUAGAGACUGACAAAGAGUCUCUGGUGCUUCAGGUGAGCGUGCUAACAGACCAGGUGGAGGCUCAGGGAGAAAAGAUCCGGGAUCUGGACUUGUGUUUGGAUGAACACAGGGAGAAACUAAACGCCACCGAGGAGAUGCUGCAACAGGAGCUUCUAUGCAGAACUGCACUGGAGACCCAGAAGCUCGAACUGAUGUCUGAAGUGUCCAACCUCAAGCUGAAGCUGAACAACAUGGAGAAGGACAGACUGGACUUCGAUGACAGAUUUAGGGACAGCGAUGAUUUGAUUCUUGAAAUUAAUGAACUGCGGUACAGACUCACAGACCUGGAGAGUGAAAAACUACAGUACGAAAAGAAACUUAAAUCCACAAAGGAGGAGCUCGCCAUACUGAGGAGGCAGCUGGAGGGCAAAGACGGAGAGAUGAGGAGACUACAGGAUGAGACAGGCUUCAAAGCUAUGGCCUCGAGCGGCGUGGAUCCCACGGAGAGAGUCUCUCAUCCAGAUGAAACUCUUAGAAAGAGGCUGAAAGAGAAACAUGUGGAAGUGCAAAGAAUGAAAAAGGCAGUUGAGUCACUGAUGGCAGCUAAUGAAGAAAAGGAUCGUAAGAUUGAGGAACUAAAGCAGUCGCUUCUACGGUACAAGAAAGUUCAAGAAAUGGUGAUGUCGGUGCAAGGAAAGAAAGAGAGAACAGAUAACGAGCACGUCGAGAGUCUCGGUGAUGGAUUCGUAUCACCCUUGCCUGCCAGCCCUGCUUCUGUGGAGACAGAAAUGCAAGAAGUUACAGAUGAUGAACAGCCAAAAAGGAAAAGCCCACAUGAGGCGGUGAACCUCAAUGGACAAAGUGACGAGAUUCCGCCUUCACCCAGCCCGUCUGAUCCAGAGCCAGUAUCAGAGUCUGCACCAACAGAGGCAGAAAGCAGUCAGGAUACAACCAAGACCGUGAGUCAGGACCACCUGGAAGGGAACAAUAAUGAGAAGGCUACAAGUGAAGAGAUCAGUAGGAUGAGUGAAAAGCCACCCAUGGGUCCGUCUGCCACCUUACCCGCCUCCGCAGAGGAUGACAGCUUUGGCUCAAGAAAGGCUCGCUCAUCUUUUGGAAAAGGUUUCUUCAAGAUCCGUGGGGGCAAGAAGACGACCAGUACCCCCAACCUCGACCGCAACAGGAGUGCAAGUGCGCCUAUGCUAGCCGAAACGGAGCGACAGGGCACCGAUCACCUGGAUCUGGCCGGGCUGCCGCAGAGGUCAGCUAACAGCGACAGCACACACACACUCCCCACAACCCCGGAGAGCAGGAAGAAAUCCAAAGGAAUAAAGAAACUCUUUGGGAAGUUAAAAAGGAGCCAGUCUACCACAUUUAACCUGGACGACAACCUACCAGAGGGUGAAUUCAAGCGGGGUGGAGUGCGAGCCACAGCAGGACCCAGACUGGGUUGGUCUCGUGACCUCCAGCGAGUCAACAAUGAUGUGGACGCUCCGUUUGCUCGCUGGUCAAAGGAUCAGGUUUGCGACUGGCUGCAGGACCAGGGUCUCGGCCUGUACACGAACAUGGCUCGCGUGUGGAUCUCCUCCGGACAGACGCUGCUGCAGGCCUCUCAACACGACCUGGAGAGGGAGCUGGGCAUCAAACACCCGCUGCACAGAAAGAAGCUGCAGCUGGCUCUGCAGGCCCUCGGCUCAGAGGAGGAGGAUAAUAAGGGGAAGUUGGAUUACAACUGGGUGACAAGAUGGUUGGAUGACAUCGGCCUGCCUCAGUAUAAAACCCAGUUCGAUGAGGGGAGGGUGGAUGGUCGCAUGCUGCACUACAUGACAGUGGAUGACCUGCUGUCUCUGAAGGUGGGAAGUGUCCUGCAUCACCUCAGUAUCAAAAGGGCCAUUCAGGUUCUUCGACUCAACAACUAUGAGCCCAACUGUUUGCGCCGCAGGCCGUCAGACGAGAACAAUAUUACCCCUGCAGAGAUUUCCCAGUGGACUAACCACAGGGUCAUGGAGUGGCUGCGGUCUGUGGACCUGGCUGAAUAUGCUCCCAACCUGAGAGGCAGCGGCGUACACGGAGGCCUGAUGGUUCUGGAGCCUCGCUUCAAUGUGGAGACUAUGGCUUUGCUGCUGAACAUCCCGCCCAACAAGACCCUGCUGCGUCGCCACCUCGCCACGCAUUUCAACCUGCUCAUCGGCUCAGAGGCCCAGCAGCUCAAACAGGAGUGUCUGGAGAACCCGGACUACACUUUGCUCACUGCCACCACCAAGGUCAAGCCAAAGAAGCUGUCGUUCGGUAACUUUGGCAGGAAGAAAAAGCAGGAAGAGAACGAGGAGUAUGUGUGUCCGAUGGAUGUGGAGAUGCCAAAGGGACGAAGCUUCCAGAAAGGCUUCGAGCUCCAGAUCUACGAGGAUGAUCUCGAUAGACUAGAACAGAUGGAGGACUCUGAGGGAACCGUCAGACAGAUCGGAGCUUUCUCUGAGGGGAUUCAGAACCUGACGAGCAUGCUGAAAGACGACGAGUUCUUUAAAGAGGUUUCAAAUUCUCCGAACCUCAGCGUGACGGAUGAGGAAUCCAAUGCGUGAGACAGUCAGAGCCGGUCCUGCUGUGAAUGAAACUCUGUGCCAACUCUCUCCACUUGCACACAGACCUGUCUCAACAAACCCCAAGAAUGCUCCCAUAUUUCUUUUUUAGUGUUACAUUAAGACAAGAGCCAAAAGUAUUACAGUAUUUUUUUUUGUUUUUUGUUUUUUUUCUUUCGUGAAAGUCUUCAGCCCAGUGGCCACUAUUACUCCUGGACUCUGUCUGCAUUACUGUGGUCUGAUGUCAGAGGGAACAUUUAGGACGACACCACUGCCUGACCGCCAGCGGGUUUCUGGAGAUAUUUUCUACUCUGGCACAUUUCUGUUUAUGACAGAACUCAGGUGUCAAACAGCAGGAAAAAAAAAGAAACCACAUCCACCAUAAAAUGCCAAUAUAGAUUUAAUAUAUGUCUUCUGACUGUGGAGGAAGAGAUGGACUUGGUAAAAAAGUAAUAUGCUGAGAAUACUGUAUGUUCCCAUUUCUUUGAAGUUAGUGUAAAGUAAUAACUCCGAAACAGCUGCUAUGUUUUCUACACAACUGAACCCUGCUAAUUAAUGAAAUAUAUAACAAUGAUCAUCGGUUUUAUCCUUUUCUAGAGAUUUUUAGUAGUACUCAUGCAUUUGCACGUAUACAGUACAAAGCCUAAUGAAUAUCAUUGCAUGGUAUUGAAAUCCAACACAUUCAUAUAAGAGCUUGUCUUUUGUUUUAUUUUUUACCAUAAAAUGAUUUUAAAAUGAAA